UCGUUUGAAUAUCUUUUCAUAACGUGAACGACUCAUCUUUAUUUCUCUCUCUUUACAAUAAUUAUUUAAUACCAGAAUUUUCAAAUCGAUGCAAGCGACGAAUAAAUCUCAAUCAAUACAGUUCAGUCAUUGGCAUGUAAUAUUGAAAUAAUUGUAAAUGUGUUAAAACAAUGAACCGGAAAAAAUGCGUUGCUUCCAAACCAACAAGAGAAAAUAUAUUGGAAAUUUAAAUUCAAAAAUGUUUCGAUCAAGACAUCAUAAAAAUUAAGGUAUGAAAAAAUGAAAUUAGAAGGAAUAUUUCCUGUCAGAAAACUGGCUGACCAAGAUACAAGAUUUUCCUAGUUGAUCAAGGAAAUUAAAUAGGCAUAAUAAACGCUUUACUCAUCAGCUAAAGUUUGCUUUCCCAUCAGCUGAAUGGUACAAAAAAAAAAAAAAAAAAAAAAAAAGACCUUUGUAAUUAGUAAAUACAAUGUAAAUAUCUGCUAACUCAUGUAAAAUUUCAUUCAUAAAUUUGUGGCAGAAGUAGUAGACCGUUUUGCCGGCAACUGGUCACAGAAAAUAUACUAUGAAACACGUUUUUAAAAGACUUUAGUUAGUUUCAUGAAUAUAAAGUAACGAAGCACUACAUUAAAACAUUUUCAGAUUGAAGCAAAUUGAGAAGAAAUUUAUUCUCAUUUAUGAUAGAGAAAAUGUAUAACAGCGAGAUAUAUAGUGGGGCGUCUUCUGUGCAGCAAUAUUUUCAGCCACAUUUACUGACGAAUUCGAACGAGAAAUCUUUCACUUGCGAUACAUGCUGUAUGGCAUUUUUUGAAAUGAGUACUUUAAGGAAGCAUUUACUAACGCAUACGGGAGUGAUACCAUAUCGCUGCGAGAUGUGCAAUAACACGUUUUCUCUUAGGGGAAAUUUAAUGAAACAUUAAAUUUCCUCUAUAUAAAUACGGGAGAAAAACCAUAUGUCUGUAGUAUUUGCCAUAACGCUUUUUCUCAAAAAACGGACUUAAAGAGACCUUUAAUGAUACAUACGGAAGAGACUUUAAAGAGGCAUUUAUUGACACAUACGAAAGGAAAACCACAUAUCCUUGCAAGAUUUGCAACAACGAGUUUUCUCAAAAGAGCGCUUUAGAGAGACAUUUGCUGAUGGAUACGAAAGAGAGACCGUAUCGUUGCGAGAUUUGCAAUAAAGCAUUUGCUCUGAAUGAAAAUUUAAAGAAACAUUUGCUAAUACAUACGGGAGAGAAACCGUUUUCUUGCGAGACUUGCAAUAAAGCAUUUUCUCUGAAAGGAAAUUUAAACAAACAUUUGCUAAUACAUACGGGAGAGAAACCAUAUGCUUGUAGUAAUUGCAAUAAAGCGUUUUCUCAGAAGGAUCAUUUAGAGAGACAUUUACCAACACAUACGGGAGAGAAACCAUUUGUUUGUGAUAUAUGCAAUAACACGUAUUCUCGAAAGGACGACUUAAAGAGACAUAUACUGACACAUACGAGAGAGAAACCGUUUUCUUGCGAGACUUGCAAUAUCGCGUUUUAUCGGAGAUGCAAUUUAAAGCAACAUUUACUAAUACAUACGAAAGAGAAACCGUUUUCUUGCGUGACUUGCAAUAAAGCAUUUUCUCGGAAAGGAAAUUUAAAGCAACAUUUACUGACACAUACGGGAGAGAAACCAUAUGCCUGUAGUAUUUGCAAUGAAGCGUUUUCUCAGAAGGGUCGUUUAGAGACACAUUUACUAUCACAUACGGGAGAGAAACCGUAUGUUUGUCAUAUAUGCAAUAACACGUAUUCUCGAAUGGACUACUUAAAGGGACAUAUACUGACACAUACGAGAGAGAAACCGUUUUCUUGCGAGACUUGCAAUAUCGCAUUUUAUCGGAGAGGACAUUUAAAGCAACAUUUACUGACACAUACGGGAGAGAAACCAUAUGCCUGUAGUAUUUGCAAUAAAGCGUUUUCUCAUAAUGGUCAUUUAAAGACACAUUUACUAUCACAUACGGGAGAGAAACCGUAUGUUUGUCAUAUAUGUAAUAACACGUAUUCUCGAAUGUACUACUUAAAGAGUCAUUUAGUGACACAUACGAAAGAGAAACCGUAUCCUUGCCAGAUUUGCAAUAACACGUUUGCUCACAGAGGAAGUUUAAUGAAACAUUUACUAACACAUACUGGAGAGAAACCGUAUCUUUGUGAUUUAUGCGAUAAUGCGUAUCCUCAAAGGAGCCACUUAAAGAGGCAUUUAUUGACACAUACGAAAGGAAAACCACAUGAUUUAUGAAAUAACUCAUAAUCUCGAAGGAAAGUUUAACGAAGCAUUUAUUGACUCAUGCGAAGGAAAAGCCUUUUGUUUUUGAUGAGUGUUUUGCGGCAUUUUCUGAUCGAGACAAUUUAAACAGAAAUUUGUUGUCACAUACGGACGGGAAAUCGUAUGCCCGCGAUAAGUUUGAACGGCUUUUUCGGAUCGCACUACUUUAAGGAAAGAUUUACUACAGAAUGGAAGAAACAAUAGAUAGACUUUAAAUUGGUUCCAGCGUUGUGUUUAUUAGAGGUUUUUCUCAAGAAAGUAGGAAGUAUAAUUUUUUGAAAUCUGUAAAAUAACUUGGACUGAUUUUUUGUUUGUUUACGUGGAAGAGAAAAGUCGUACAUGAACCUGCAUAAUAAAGAGUUUUUUAAGCAGAUUUUUAAAAACAGUUGGUGCUAAAGUAAAAAAAUCAUGUUUUUACGAUAUAUAUGUAAUAGAUAAUGAGUUUAACAUGUGUGGACUUGUGACUUGCUUAUUAAAACAUUUUCUUAAAAAAUACCUGUUUAAAGGAACAUUUUUCGAUUGAUACGAAAUAGUAGCCAUAAAAAUGUGACUUGUAUUAAAGCAUUUUCUGCGAAAACAAAAGAAAUUGCACGUAAGGAAGAGGAAUUGUAAGAUUUUUUUUUCUUCUGUUUUCUGAAGAAGGAUUUGAAGAGUGCAUUUUUGUGCAAUCCUGUAAGAAGAUGUUACGUAUUUGUGAAUUAUACAGUAAAAUAAUAUGACUUUCCUCUAGAGGGCAUUUCAGUACCAGUCAUAAAAAUAUCAGUCAAUGUUCUUUUGAAAUCAGGUUGUGUCAAUGACAAGAAUUACUUCAGGAGGUGACAGCAUUUUAAAUAAUAUCUACAAGAGUGCGAUUUCACGAAAUUUGAUAUUGUUAUUACAUUUUUGGGUAUUUAAUGACAUUUCUUUUAAUACAAUCUCAAUAAUUUCCACAUUGUGUUUUAUGAGGGAUGAAUUGUAUUUUCAAUAAAUUUAUAGAAAAAUGUAUGAAAAAAAAGUCAAGAAUGAAUAUUUUAUCAUAAAAUAUUAUACCUAUAUUGAAGCAAUAAUCAUAUCUUCUGUAUUUUUUAUAAUUAAUAUCUCUAACAAUUUGUUAUUUUAU